GGGUUGCUGUUAGGUGUGCCUGUUUAGCGGCGGCUGUAGCUUUGGAGAGGAGGGUUUCCUCAGGUGAGUGCUUUUCUGGUGUCUUGAACGUGACCUUGCCUAUUCGACCACGGAUCUCAGCCACUAGUGGCCGAAGAACGUUUUUAUUUGUGGUGUCGUCCUCUAUUACUAUCUUCACAUCUGCAGUUCUCGGGAUCCUCUUUAGCCCGGUGAGUACUGCUAGGGCUUCCCCUGCUGCCCUCGAUGGCCCCAGCUCUUCGGGGGUCUGGAAGGUCGUGUUCCGUGUGUCAUCAGGUCCGAACCACGCUGCGAUGUUGUGUCCAAGUGUCGGUGCAACUUUGUGGGCUGCAAUGAACAUGGUUUCGUGUCUAUUUGUUGGUUGCUGCCGGAGCGGGACGAGGGAGCUUGGGUGGGAGGUCGUUUUCACACAUAUUCUGAAACCAUCUGUUUUGUUGACCGUUGGGGGGAGGUACAGCUGUUUGGUGCCGCGGCCCGCCUCUUCUUCUGUCUCGCGAUCGGGCGAGCUUUCAGCCUCUUUGGGAAUCCAUCUUGUCCCGAGCUGGGCAAUCCUCGAUGGUACUGUCCUUGCGCAUGCGUCGGGAUUCUGGCAACCAAGGGUGUUGCGAUCCCUUAUACACUGGGGGCAGUCGCAGUCAGUGUUGACGGGGUCGGGUCUAGUACUAGACCUAGACCCCGGGGUCUUGGGUCGGGUCUAGGUCGGGUCUACCCACCGACGAUUUUUGGCACGGUCUACUGGGGUCUUGUCCCAAUUAGGCAGCUUAGUCAUAAAACACUCAUUUUUGCGCACGUCCAGCAACGCGCAAGUAAAAAACCACUUAUGUCGCAAGGGACACCUGGGACUCAUCGUGGAGUUGAGGGCUGGUACUGGGCCGCCUUUGAAAAAGGUCCCAUGUUCAAGACAAACAAGACAAAACGUGAGGCGCGCUGCCUCGGGGAGCUUAAGCUCAAGCAGGCUGUGUUACGCACGGAGCAGGAGAAAAACAUUCGAUUGGGCAAGCUCCUUCCCGAACAGGCUCUUGGUGUAGAAGCACUUCGGAAAGCCGCAAUUGAUCAAACACUGGCUUUGUGUGGCAAACCGGGCAUCCUGAAGAAGCACAUCGAGAGAUGCGAACACGUCGAAGCACGGUGGAAACUCAAGCUGAAGAAAGAGGCCCCCGACACGGACGACAUCAACUGCGAUGACGACGAGGAUCUGCAGCAGUCUCCGACUGCAACGGGAUCUGUCAGUGUCAAGCGCCAGGGCACGUUUGCGGUAACUCAGGAGCCCGCUCUGAAGCGCUUCAAGGGUGCGCAUCAAUCAGAAUUCGAUUCCGAUAUGGGCAAGCUUCUCACCGUCCUGAACGCGUCAUACAAUUCCGCCACGCAUCCGUUCUUCAAGCACUUCUUUGCGCGGUGGACACCAGGAGUGAAGGUUCCGGGGCGAGAACGUCUGAAACGAUUUGUUCGAGCAGGAAUCACUCGAUGGGGAACACAUUCAAUGUCGACGCGGCGACUACUUCAAUUGCAACCGGCCCUCUUCGAUCUCAUCAACCAUCGUCUCGAAGACCUCCGUUUUGCAGGGGGAUCUGAUGAAAAGUCGCUCGCUGCUGCAGAUGAAGUAAUCAGUCUCAUAGAUAGCGGUCGAACAGGAUUGUUCUGGAGCGGAGUUCAACGGGUUGACCGCUAUCUGCACCCACUAGCCAUUGCGUCCAAUGUGACCCAGAGUGCGAAUACGCGACUUGACCAUGUUCUCGUCACCCUCGCACUUCUUGAUCACCAGUACCGCGUCGAUCCCACCUUUGUUUACACCAGUGACAACGAAGCGAUAUCGAGCAGCCUGCGUAAACGAUGGACGGCACUCAAGCGGGACCAAGACCUCUACAUUCUUGCUGUCUUCCUCAAUCCCUUCCUUCGAGGGCACUUCUUCAGCUCCAGUGUGCAUUCACUGAGCCGAGGUGGCCUCUUCGGUGUUGUUCGCCGGGUGUAUAUGCGUCUGUUCAAGAUCGAAGAACGGAAGGAUGUCCCAAGGGAACUCUUCGCAGAGUAUCUUGCUUACUACGAUGGCGAACAGAGGUUUUCGGCAGAUUCAAUGACCCUGAUUGAGUUUCGAGAUGCAUUUGGAAACGAGGACACGGUUGCAUUCAUGCACUCCGUGUGGAAUGGCCUGAAGAAAACGUUGCUGGCCCACAUGGCAUUACAAAUCUUGGCAAUGAUCGCCAACUCCGGUGCUAACGAACGGGCAUUCAGUGUCAUGGGACGUACUUACAGCGACAAAACACGGAACCUACUUGAUCCAGAACGCGCACACAAAAGCCUCAUUGUUCGUCGCGGAAUCAAUGAGGCCCACCCAUCCCACCUACAACGGAAGAAGCGGCACUCCGGGUAUGAGGUCCUCCGUCUCGUGGUCGAGACAAACGACACAAAGGUUCUCGACAAGCCCGAUAGUGAUGACGAAGAGAUGGAGAUAGAUCGGGAGAACGACAGGGAUCUCCCACGAGACAGUGUGGAGCGGCUCAUGCGCACACUGCAGUGCUUGCCAGAUGACGGCGAUGCUCUGGACGACGAGGUUCAGGAGGAUGAGAUUGCAGAGGCGGCCAGAAACCCGCGCGUGACCCUCCACUUCUCGACCCCAGAGCUCAUCCCCCUCGAGAAAAUCUUCGACCCAGCUAUGUUCAACACCGAAUCUCCUUGGGGAGGUUCACUGCAGUCGUACUGUUUGGACAGUACGCAGGAAUUCGAGACGGAGAUGGAAGCGUUAGACAAGCAAGCGCCCGGGGAUCCCUUGACCGUAGUCGUGGAGACUGAUUAG